CGGCCGUGGGGGCCUGGGGGGUUUGGGGGGGCUGCCUCAGGGACCCGCCGGGCUGGGUGAACGCCCCCCCGCAGUUACCGCUCUGCAGCUCGGGGCGUCCGGGGCGCAGAGCAGCACCCCUCCGUUCCCGAGCCGCCCCCGCCUGCCGUGGGGAAGGGAGGGGGUUGUGACCCCGGGGAGCCCCCGCGGGGGCAGCCCCGCUGUCGCUGGCUCGGGCUCGGAGCGCGGCGUCUCCUCUUGCCGGCAGGGCCCUGAGCAGCGCCGCCUGUGAGAAACAACCCUGCUCUGUGCCUGGGGGCAGUAGAAAUCCGCGUGGCUGCUGGGAAGAACAGUGGUAAGAACAGUUCAGCUACUGCUGCUGGGAAGGCAGACAGUGUUUGAAAGGGGUGUGUAGCUGGGUAGGGGUCGGCCUCUUCUCCCAGGCAAGUAAGGACAGGACUAGAGGGCACAAGCUUAAGCUGCGCCAGAAGAGGCUUAAGUUGGACAUCGGAGAAAGUUCUUCACGGAAAGGAUGAUUAGCCAUCAGAAUGGACUGCUCAGGGAGGUGGUGGACUCACCGUCCCUGCAGGUGUUUAAGGAAAGAGCGGAUGUGGUAUUGAGUGCCAUGUCUAGUUGACAAGGUGCUCUUCGGUCAUAGGUUGGACUCGAUGGUCUCAGAGAUCUUUUCCAGCCUAAGUGAUUCUGUGAUCAAAGUAUCCCUUUACCCUUUAAUCCAGAAAGUCCUCAUGGAUCUCCCGAGUUUUCGGUGCAUGGACUUCUGACAGUUUACACAUCUUAUCUAGUAAGGUAGAUUCACACUGGUAUUUUGCUUAUUUUGGUCAAAACCCUUGCUAGCAGUUGUUUAGCAAGAGAGUCCUUAGGCAACUGCCCUCUUCGGAGCUUGUCAAAAUGUUUUUAUGGGGUGAAAAGAAAAGAAAUUGUGCUACUGAGAAGCAUUACUUGCUCAGUGGUCUAGUUUAAGUGGUUAAUAUUUCAUAACGACAUAAUGCCUUUCAUUUGUUUUGAUUCUUGCUGUUAACUCUUCAAGGGGCUCAUCUCAAAGUAUAGCUUAAAAAAAGCUUUACAAAUAGUGGAAGAAAAUGUCGCAAGAAAGCUCUAAGGAAAUCAAGAAAGUAAACAUUUCUAGCUCCUUGGAAUCUGAAGAUAUUAGCUUAGAAACCACAAUGCCAACUGAUGAUGUUUCUUCCUCUGAAGAGAAAGAAGGUACUGUAAAAAUCACUAAGCAGCUGAUUGAACGAAAGGAGUUGCUCCAUAACCUUCAGCUGCUUAAAAUAGAAUUAUCUCAAAGAAACUUGAUGAUUGACAACUUGAAAGUGGAAUAUUUGACCAAGAUCGAGGAGCUAGAAGAGAAGCUUAAUGAUGCAAUCCAUCAAAAGCAGCUGUUGUCUUUACGACUGGAUAGUCAGUUGGCAUUACAGCAGGAAGAUGCUAGAAAACAUCAGGCUCUAAUGAAACAAGAAAUGGAAGCUGUUUUAUUGAGACAGAAGCAGCUGGAGGAAACAAACCAUCAGUUGAGGGAGAGGGCUGGAAAUAUCCGUCAUAGCUUGAGAGAUUUGGAAUUAACAGAUGAUUGCUAUGAGAAGCUAAAGUCUCUUCCUGAAGAUCAGCUUUCUAUCUCUGAAUAUGUUUCUGUCCGAUUCUAUGAAGUAGUCCAUUCCUUAAGAAAAGAACUAAGUGAUCUACAGAUGAAAAAGGGGAGUCUAACAGAAGAAUUAAGUGGGUACAAAUCCCAACUGAAGUCUCUGACAGAGAGCUAUGAAGAUGAGAGGAAGAGUCGGUCAGAACUUGAGGUUAGAUGCCAGCGUUUAACACUGGAACUGGCUGAUACCAAGCAGAUGAUUCAGCAAGGUGAUUACAGACAAGAGAACUAUGAUAAAGUAAAAUCUGAACGUGAUGUAUUUGAACAUGAAUUAUCAGAACUCAGAAGAAAAUAUGAAAUAUUAGAGGUGUCAUACAAAGCACAAGCUAAAGAAAGAAAUGACUUAGCAAAAGAGCUGGCAACCAUACAACAAUCCCUCAACUUGUUGCAAAAAGAUAAAGAUUAUCUUAAUCGCCAGAACAUGGAGCUUAGUGUUCGCUGUGCACAUGAAGAGGAUCGUCUUGAAAGACUUCAGAUUCAGCUAGAGGAUGCCAAAAAAGCUAGGGAAGAAAUGUAUGAAAAAUAUGUUACAUCCAGAGAUCACUAUAAAACAGAAUAUGAAAAGAAACUGCAUGAAGAGUUGGAACAAAUAAGGUUGAAAACAAAUCAAGAAAUUGAGCAACUAAGAAGCACUUCAAAAGAGAUGUAUGAACGUGAAAACAGAAAUUUGAGAGAAGCAAGAGAUAAUGCUGUUGCUGAAAAAGAAAGAGCAGUUACUGCUGAAAAGGAUGCUUUAAGAAAGUACAAUCAACUCUUGGAACAGUACAGACAAAUGCAGCUUGGCACAGAAAGCAAAGUAGCUGAACUUCUUCACCAAAGUAAGUUAAAGUCCUUUGAAACUGAACAUAUUCAACUCCUGCAACAAGAAACAGCUAAGAAUCUUUCACAGUGCCAAAUGGAAUGUGAGAAAUAUCAGAGAAAACUGGAGGUGCUUACGAAGGAAUUUUAUAGUCUUCAGUCUUCUAGUGAAACACGCAUUAUUGAGCUUCAAACACAGAAUUCUGAGUUUCAAGCAAGACUAGAUACUUAUGAAAAACUUGAAAAAGAGCUCGAUGAGAUAAUAUUGCAGACAGCAGAAAUGGAAGAUGAAGUUGAAGCUGAAAGGGUUCUCUUCUCAUAUGGAUAUGGUGCUAAUGUUCCUACAACAGCCAAAAGACGACUAAAGCAAAGUGUUCAUUUGGCAAGAAGAUUACUGCAACUAGAAAAGCAAAACUCAUUGCUUGUAAAAGAUCUGGAACAUCAGAAGGAACAAGUAACGCAGAUUUCACAAGAGCUCGAGAGAGCAAAUUCUUUGUUGAAUCAAGCACAACAGCCAUACAAAUAUCUCAUUGAAACUGUGCAGCAGAGAGAUUCUCAAAUAAGUCUACAGAAAGAACAUAUUACACAACUUGAAAAAGAUGUCAGUCUUUUAAAUAAAGAAAAGACAGCUUUGCUGCGUGUCAAGAAUCAAAUGGCAGCAGAUUUGGAGAGACUUCUAAAUGACCGUGAGGAACUAGCCACAAUGAAGCAGAUUCUAAUUAGUCUGCAUGGUAAACACUAUGAACAAAAUCUACCUCAGUCUCAUACUGAUGUAAGAAGUGCAACUGGAAAAAACAAAUCAAACCCUUCAGUAAAACUACCACCAGAACACGAAGAAGAAAAUAUAUUUACACCUAAGCCAACGUUAUUUACAAACAAAGAGGCACCUGUAUGGUACAAGAAACUGCAGAAGAAAACAUCACCAUAGCAUUUUUCCAGAAGUAUUCAAAAUAAUUCUUUGGGGAGCUUUUCUUCAAAGGAAGUCAUUUUCACCAUAAUGAUGCCCUUUUUACCUUAAAGGCAAACAACUGUUUUGGCUUUAGCAGCUGUUUUGGAUCUUUUGUAAUUGUCAAAUAAUCUUAUGCUUCAUAAAAUAAUUUUUAGAUCUGUCAUGUGAAUAAAAUGUGUGGAAAUAAUGUGUGCAAUGAUUUUACUAACAUAUAUUUGAAUUUUAAAAGAUAAAUAAACAUUAGCAUGUUGUACACAUUUAUAAUCUGGGCAGUUAAAGGAUGCGUUAUUCAGAGUGGUCAAAUGAAUACAUGUUUCAGCUUUUUUAUAUCGUUUUUCUUGGACCCUGUGUUUCAUGUCACAUUCCUUGCAACUAUUUUGACUUACAGAAAUUUAAAAAAAAUACAUGAUUUAGCAUUAAACUACAUCCUACUUUCUAUGUCAGCUGGAAAAAAAUAAUUUCUUAUCAGCUUUGAUUUGUAGUUUGUCAUUUGAUGUCAUUUGUAUAACCAAACAGGCACUAAAAAUACUCUAAAGAAGCAAUAAAAUGCCUCUUAAUUAUCAACAAUGAUACUUAAUGGGCUAGAUAGUAGUGUAGUUACAUCAAUGAAAUAAUAAAAAAAGAACCCUGAUAUGUGAGUACUGUAAGGCUGUACUGGUGAAAUGGGUAACUUGCCAUAUUUAAUUGUAUGAAAAUAAACCCCAUCUUCAAAGAAGACAUUCUACUUAUUUAUUCCACUCCACCAUCUAUUUUGACUGUAGAAAAGUUCUCUAAUAUUUUAAAGCACUUUUGACUGCAUAUGGUUUAUUUCUAUAUAUAACAUAAAUAUAGAUGAUAUUUUUUUAAGUACUGCAUACUGAAAAUAUUGCUUGAAUUUCAUUUAAGAGAAAGCUCCGUUUUCUCAGCUCCUUUUUCAUUGACAAUAUCUCUUCAAUCGAUUAUUUGUUCCUACCUGGACGUGAGCAGUAAUUAUUUACUAUAUACUAUUGAGUUAUAUCAAGCUAAAGAUUCCCAGAUACACUUUUCUUCAUUUUCCAAACAGCAAUUUGAAGCACAGCUAUACCUCCUCUACUCCAGGAAAGCUUCAGUUUCUUUUAUUUUUGUUUUUUAGUUCUGAGACAGUGAGGUAAAAAUGCUGGCAGUUACGCAUCACAGGUUUAAAAUUAUCAUUUUGCGAGUGAGGGAGGCCAAGUAUGUAGACAGAGGUAAUAUCUUUUAUUAGGCUCUUCACUGGGGAAGGAAAUCACACAAACCUAUCAGUACAGACAUUUCUGAAUAACUUUGGUUUCCUGAAGUCUAGGUUUUAUCUAAUUUAUAUUUUUAUGUGAACAGAAUCCUUAACUUUUACUUCCUAUGAAACAGCUCCUAUAUGCAGACCUAAUUUUGUAGUUUGCAAUAGAUACUCCGUAAUGAUUCAGUCCCCAGUUUAACUUCCCAGACUAUCCAGUUUGUCUGUUACCAAUGAAUAAUUAAAUUGUAUUAUCUAGAAGGACUGCGAGCUGUUUUAGGCAAGAUACUAGGCUAGAAUCUUAAGUAUUUACUAUUUGUUUGCCUAUAAUAUCCUUAUAGACAAACUGGUGAGAUAAGGAAUGUAGGGUGGAUGGAAAAUUGGCUGACACACCAACCUGCAGAAAAUGUGAUCAACAGUGCAAAGUCCAACUGGAAUAGUAGCAUCCCUUGGCAAGUUCACAGGCAAUACCAGAUUUGUGGGAGUAGUCUAUACAGUGGAGGGCAAGGUCUCAGAGGAUCUCAACAGGCUGGAAAUUGGGUCCACAAGAACUGUAUGAAGUUUAACAAAACCAAUUGCAGUCCCACACUGAGGGUGGAAUAACCCCAUAUGCCAACACUUCUGAAAAGCAGCUUGGCAGGAACAGACCUUAAGGUCCUACUACACAACAAAUGGAAUGUGAGUCGGCAAUGUGCCAGCUGCAUCCUGGGUGCCUUUACCAACAGGAUAGCCAGCAGAUGCAGGGAAGUGAUCCCUUCUGUUUGGUACGUGGGAGAUCGCAUCUGGAGCAUUGCACCCAGUUUUGGGCUUGUUCAAGAAAGACACUGAGAUACUGCUGGGAGUCUAGCAGAGGUGCACCAAGAUGAUCAGGGGCUAAAGCACCUGAUGUAGAAGGGGAGGCUGAAAGAACUGGGUUGGUACAGCCUUAAGAUUAGAGGACUUAGGGGAGGCACUUGUUGCAGUCUCCACCUACCUAAGAGACAGCAGGGCCAGACUCCUCUCAGAGGUGCACAGCGAUGAUAGCCUAAGAGACAAUGGACACAGGGUGGAGCACUGGGAAACUCAGUUAGCUCUUAUGAAAAAUGUUUUUACUGUAGCGGUGGUCAAAUACUGGAACAGUUAGCCUAGAGAGGGGAUGGAAUCUUCAUCCUUGGAGGUGUUCAGAACUCAACUGGACUAAGUCCUGAGCAAACUGGUAUAAUAGGACCUGACUUUGAGAUGGACUAGAUGACUGAUUUUCAGCAUUCUUGUCCAACCUAAAUUACUCCAUAGUGUUAUUUCUAAAUACACUGAUACAAGAUAGUGACAUUUAUUUGCUUUUACUAUUCAAAAGACAAAAUUCUGUUUAAUUCUUCUAUGGAAAUGCAAUACACAGGAACAUUUUGACUCUUACAGAAUUGUGCAUUGUAAAGUUCUUUGUCCUCCAGGCAGCCCAUUUUUUUAAGAAGGCUGCCAGAAUAUUAGGCUGAUUUAUGGUAAGAUUUUAUUAACAUUUAAACAGCUCUUAGGAUGACAAAGUGACAUAUUCUGACAAAGGAUUGAGGGGUUUUGGGUUUGUUUUUUUUUUUAAUUAUUACCGAGGUCCAUCUUUAGAUGUGCAAAAAUAAUUUACUGGAACACACCGAUAACACACAGUGUUGUUGGCAAGUUCUUGUAAUCAAUGUAGGCCCUUUGUAAAUCUUCUCAAUAUGUUUUGGGGUUUUUUUCCAGUUGAAGAUUUUGUAUUUUUCCUGUGAUUCCUCACUAGACUCCAAGGCUAUAAUUAAUUAUCUAGGAGGAGACCUUCUAAGCUUCUCAUGAGAAAACUAGAAUGUCACUUAAAUAUAACUAUUCAAAUGUAAGAUGCCUUACAGCAAAAAUUAAUUAAGCUUUUUACUCUUUAAGUAAUGAAAAGGUGCAGUUGCAUUACCUGUACAGCACUUUCACUGAUGUUCUUUCCCACAAACAUAGUUGUCAAAUGAAUUGUUCCAAAAUUAUUCUUCAUGGUCUUUGCAAUCUCCCAUUGUAGCAGACCUUGUGUCAAUGAUGUGUGAGUCAAAAAUAAUGAAGUAAAGAAAAAUUUCUAAGGCCAGUCAUGCAUCUAAGUAACUUGUGACUGAAGUGCCAACCCACAUAAUCAUCCUCAGUUCCUCUUUUUCAAACCAAAGGCAGCAAAGCCUAAAUAAAUCUUUAUCCACUAUUACAUUUCGUGGUACAUUAAGUAGGUGUUACUUAAGUGAUAAGUUUUGUAAAUAUAGGGUUUAAACUGGAAAGAAGGAAGGACAGUGGUUUAGAGCAGGUUAGGAUGUUUUUUCUUUUUUUUAACACUGUUUUUUCUUUUUUUAAUUGCUUUCUCACCUUUCUGUCCCUUGUUUGAAGCAAAGAACCUUUAGUGCAUCAAGAUAAUCUCUUACUUGAGGAAAAAUUUGAAAACAUAAUUACUUUUUUUUUAAUAAGGACCUAAACUUUUACAGCUUAUUGCUGAAUCCUAUGGUCAUAAUUCACUGGCAGUGUAGUUUCUAAAUAUUUUCUGUACAAAGAAACAAUAUGUCAUUGGGAUUUGUAGUCUUCAUCCCUUUCAAGAAUCUCUGUACAAAACAGUGAUGAAACCUUGUAAAAAAUGAAAAAUUGUAAAUUCAAAUAUUAGUUAUCUGACUAUUUGUCAAUAUCUCUGGGAUACAAUUUCCUGCCUCUUAAUCAUUAGCUGUUCUUCUCUGUCUCAGUUAUACUUUUGUAGGAAACCUAGUUCCAGAAAAAAAAGAACACUUCAGUCUAUUUAACCUCUGACAUCUGUAAGACGGUCAGGCAAAAUUCUUUUACUCCUGAUAAGCAUUCAUCAACUUCCAUGUGUUUGAAACAGAUGACUCAGAAAACAUGACAUUGUAGAAACAAAUUAUUACCUUUUGAAAAAGUAUUUAAUGUUAUUAUGUAUGUGUGCCUCACUCAGUUGUCGGUCUGUAACACAUUUACAUGAAAACAAACUUAUGCACAACAAUUUGAGUCUGUAACAUCCUGUCAUCUUUCAGGGUUGUGCUCGUUAGGGAGGUCUACUGAGGAAAGCGUUUCUAUCCCUGUUAACAUUACAUUUAGUAGAUCACAUGCCAGACUUCUUACUGAGUCAAAGAAAUGUAUCCCUGGUAUUUUCCGAUACCAAAGAAUAUCGAGAAUCUGUAUUCAUUCUCAACCUUUGAAAAUGAAACAAGUAUCUCUAGAAGAUCAAGUUUUGCUUAGUGUCUUUGGGCAAUAUUAUCCCCUUCCUAAAUUCCUAGGAUUGAUUGGGAACUCUUGACCUUUAAAAUGCAUGCUUCCGUAGCUUAAGUAAGGCAGUUACACUUGGGGUAUUUGGGGCUGAAGCUGGGCAGCAAUUGACAGCAGUAUGAGGUGCCAACUCUCGGGGACAGCAUCGCUAGCAGAAACGUACGGUAGUUGGGAAUUAGGGCAGAGGGAGUGGCGACUGCUGCAGAAGCUUUUAGCAGUAGAAGGAGUAGGUACAGUUCUUCGCAGAUGUCAGACCCUCUGCAGCUCUUUAAGCCCUCUACUGACAGCACAAGAACCACGAACUUUCUUCUACAGAGUUCAUUUUGAAGAAAGAGUUCCCCGGGUUUCUUUCCUCACUGAUAAGUUUUGCAUGACAGUAAAUACUUGUGGAGUUUGUUUCUUGGUUUUUCUUUUUGAGAGAGACAGAGACUUUUUCUCAGGACAUUGGAACUAGGUUCAAAAAAAUGGUGAAUUUCAAUCAGUUUACCCUUUAAAGGAUGAAGGGGACAAAAAUCCCCAGCAAAUUUCAUCCUCAUAAAAGGAGCAAAUGGCAGAAGUAUUAUAUUAAAUGUAAAAAGUUAGGAUGGAUCGUGGAAAUAGCUUUUACUCAAAAACUGAGAUGUUUUCACAGACUGUGUGCCCUUUUUGAAGAUAGUACAGAAAUAACCACAGCAAAAGAGAAUGCUGCUUUGACUGAAGUAAUAGAAUCAACUUUGUUUGACCAUGAAUAAUUGAAGUCUUUGUGUUAAUGCUCCUUUUAAGGGAGUAGUGGAUCAGUAAAUGUAACUUAAUUGCAGGAAAAGUCUUAUGGAUGGAAUUUAUGACUGUAUUUCAAUGAAAGUCUUUUCAUUUUUCCUUUUGGUUCAAUAGAAAAAGGAUUACUUAGAUUAUUCACUGUUGCAGCUGAAAUCGUUAGCAAUUCCCAGUGGUCCUGUUUUUCGUGAUUUUAGAGAUACAUAUUGUGGCAUGCAAGACUGUCUUUUCUUAUUCAGUUUUUUAGAAGGAUUUGUUUAUUUUGUGCAUUAUUAUUAGGUAGAGUCUGGCAAUGUAGUGCUUGACUUCUACAAGGGAAUUUUCAUAUACAAUAUAUAUGUGAAUAUACAUGUGAAUACAGGAUUGUUACUGAAGUGCAGUGGUUCUUCUUUAAAAAAAAGUUGAAAAUAUUCCCACUGAGUUCUCUCUGAGGCCUUGAGAGAGGGUCAUUUCUGUGCCCAAGCUUUCUCAUUCUCCCCAUCACGGGUAAAGUCCCACACAUACAGGAGACUUGUCACUCUGUGCUUUGCAGGCCUGUGGUUUCCAAGCACACAACUCCCAAAGCCAGUGGAGCAGUCAUCUGGGGCUACAUGUAAGACAUUCACCAAAAAAUUAAUAUCACUCAUCUGUGGUAUUGUGAGAAUUCUAAGCAAGGGAAAAAUACAAUAUUUCAAUGCAGUCUAUGCACUUGUCUUUUUUUCCUUCCUGGAGGUUAGCAUAUAAAUAGCAUUCCAGUGAAUCUUCACUUUUGGGAAACAGUCUACAAGUCCUGCAAGGAUGGCUAAGUCCUUUUUUUCUGAUACUUCAUCAGAGAUGUUCUGUGUUCAGGUACUGACCAGACAACUCCCAAGAGAUCAUUAGGCACCUUUUCUUGGACAUUAAUCUUUAUUUUAUUAACUUAUUAUUUAAAUACUAAGUCCCCAGAAUUCACUCACUCCUUUAUGAGUAAAGGAGUACGUGCUUGAAAGUAACAAUGAGCAGUAAAGGGACUAAUAUGUCAAUGGCUUGAGUCUUACUGAAUUAGCACAUUCCUUGUCAUUUUGUGUCAUUUCUUUCAUUAUUGCAGUAAUUACGUUGCAGAAUUGCAUUUGUGCCAUUCAGCAGGGAAUGGGAGAACAAUAACAGUGUUUACCAGCAGCAGGAGGGAGCUUACCUUUCUUUCUCAACCCUGAAAAAUCUCUGCAGGCUAAUCUCAGUGGCAGCCAGGAUGCCCUCCUACACAAUGAGACUGUCUGAAACCUCCCUUAGGGAAACCUGAGUGAGCUGAUUAGAUCUCUUGUCCAUGAAAACCAAAUAGCCAAUCCUAUGAAAUAUAGCGGUUUUUCAUUCUGAUGUGCCAUUUCAAAUCUGUGCAGGCUGAAACCUUUGUCAAAUAUAUUUACACCAUGAUAGUGAUUCUGAGAUAGCUGAAUGAUUUAAAAACAAGUACAGAGUAUUUUCAAAUCAGUAAACUCUGUGAAAUUACAAAGAAACAAACUAUGUAAAGUUUUUAUGUUUCCAGGUGCAGUAAUAUCAAGAUCUUUGAU